UUUCCACUACUUUAACAAUAUAAAAGCGAAAACACAAAGAAGUUGUUUACAGUCUUAGUCGAAACGUGAAAGUGUUUGAGAUGAAGACGCUUUUUCUCGUUUUGGUCGUUGGGUUGGUGGUCCAAGCGAGGAUCAUUAAGAGAAACACGAGAAAUGAAUACAAAAUGUGCGUUCCUGAGCACCUCCUCGAUCUCUGCCAACAAAUGUCGGCACAAGAAACCAAAAGCUCGGCCAAAAUAAUAUGCAUUCCGGCACGUGACAGAUUUGAGUGCAUUGAAAAAAUCAAGCAACGAGUGGCUGAUUUUGGUACCGUGGACCCUGAAGAUAUGUACAUUGCGGCCAAAACGCCGGAACAGGACUUUGCCGUUUUUGAGGAGAUCCGCACAAGGGAGGAACCCGAAGCGGAAUUUCGCUACGAAGCCGUGGCUGUGAUCCACAAAGACCUGGAUAUUAAGGGCAUUGAAGGGCUAAAAGGGCUCAAUUCGUGUCAUACAGGUGUGGGCCGAAACGUCGGCUACAAAAUCCCUUUAACUAAACUCAAACAAAAAGGGAUUAUUGGGCCCUUGAACGACCCCGAACUCAGUCCACGUGAAAACGAACUCAAGGCCUUCUCAACCCUAUUUAGCAAAGCUUGCAUUGUUGGCAAAUGGUCACCGGACCCAAAAAUCAACCUUGAAUGGAAAAAAAAGUAUUCGAAUUUAUGUGCCCUUUGCGAAAAACCGGAAACUUGUGAUUAUCCCGACAAUUUUUCGGGGUACGAUGGGGCCUUAAGGUGUCUGGCCCAUAAUGGGGGGCAAGUGGCCUGGACCAAAGUGAUAUACGUCCGGAAAUUCUUUGGACUUCCGGACGGUAUUAAAGAAAACCCGGAAAAAUUCGCCUACUUGUGCCCCGAUGGUACCAAGGUACCCAUCACUGGCACCCCCUGCCGCUGGGCGGCCCGCCCCUGGCAAGGUUACAUGGCCAACGCAGACGUGGUCAAAACCGUGGACGAACUCCGGCGAAAAAUCGAAAACUUGGACAGUGUUGGUACCAAAAACCACGCCCCCUGGUUGGAAAAGGUACUCGAAUUGAAUGACAAGACGGUACCAAAAGAAAACAAGAUCAUAUCGCCUGGGGAUUACCUGGACAAGGCCAACUAUACCGACGUUAUCGAACGCGAUUACGGCCCGCCGUUUAAAACGGUCAGGUUUUGCGUGACGUCACACGAUGAGUACCUCAAAUGCCAGGCUUUAUCCCAGGCGGCGUUUUCGCGCGAUAUUCGGCCCAGGUUUGGCUGCGUCGAGGAGAAAACAGUUGAGAGUUGCAUGAAGUCGAUUCGGGACAACCUGGCUGAUAUUAUAAGCCUGGAUUACGGCCAGGUUGACAAGGCGCGACGGGAGUACAACCUAGUACCGAUCGUUGCCGAGCAAUAUGGAAGCCUAGGCGGGGCCUACUAUGCCGUUGCCGUGGUGAAAAAGGGCUCAAAGUUCGCCUCGUUUGCUGAUUUGAAGGGCGCAAAGUCGUGUCAUACUGGUCUAGGGCGUACCGCUGGGUACCACGCCCCUUUAUACACCCUAAUCCGCCUAAACCUAGUCCCGAAAAACGCCUGUCCUUAUCCUAAAGCCUUGUCGGAGUUUUUCAAGGCCAGCUGUCUGCCAGGCGCUCGUGAGAUCAAAGAAGGCUAUGCCGAGCAUCUCUGCGAGCUUUGUGGUGGGGAUAUUGACAAGCGUGACGUCACGACAAAGUGCAAUCAUGAUUCGUCGGAAUCAUACAGUGGAUACACGGGGGCGUUCCGUUGUUUGGUGGAAGGUGGAGGGGAUGUGGCGUUUGUUAAACACGUGACAGUGCCUGGGAACACAGAUGGUCACAAUCGGGACAAGUGGGCGGAGCAUUUGAAAUCGGGCGAUUACGAGCUGUUGUGUCCCGAUGGUGGGAGGAAACCGGUCGACCAAUACGAACAGUGUCACUUGGCGCAUGCCCCGCCCCAUAUGGUUGUGACAAGUCACUCGAAACGUAAUUCCGAAAUUGACGAAAUUCGCAAUUUGUUGAUUUCGACUAGUAAACAAUAUACCGAGCGUCCAGAUUUGUUUAAAUUGUUUGGAAGUUUUAACGGGAAGAAGGAUUUGUUGUUUAAGGACUCGGCAACUGGGCUUAAAUCGGUCAGUCAGGAGUCGGAAAUUGAGAAAGAAUAUUCGAAAGUACUAGCUCUUGUCAAUGGAUGUGCUUAAGUGAUUGCUUUUUAGGUAGUUUAGUUGUGCUUGCCAUAUCUUUUUUUUAAUAAAUAGUUCUAAAUAG